UUUCUCUCUUAUACGAUCGAAGAAGUUGGGAUCAUCUCCAUCUCCGCCCCAAAGUCUAGGGUUUUCUCUUUGGACUCCGGAGCUCGCCCUCUCUUAUCUGAACCAAAUCGGUGGCUUUUCCCUUGAGAAAAGGUCGAUUUUUAUCUUCUUCGUGUCUUUUUCCUACCUUUUGUAUUUUAGAUUUGUGGAAUCUGGUUGGGAUUAUCUAGAAAUUCAGGUUUUUCUUUGGAUAUCAUGAUUUAGGAAUUUGGUAGGUUGUAUAUCUUGGAUUGGAUCGACACUUAGGUUUUCGGAUCGGAAUAGGAUUUGGGGAUUGCUGGUUUUUUUAUUUGUUUGAACUAAAAAAAAAAGGGGGAAUUUGUGGAAUCGUAUAAAGUUAUUGUUUUUAGAUCUUGCUAUUAACUUCUUAUUGGAAUUUACCAAAAGACUGCGAAUUUUUUGGUGUUGGUCUUGUUUGGUAUGAUACAUCGAGGGUUUUCUUGUGGAGUCCUUAGAGAGAUUGAUUGUCUAGUUUAGAUUCCAGGUGAAAAAUAUAAAAAAGAAAGAAGAUUAUGCUCUAGUGUUUUGAUCUGUUUGACAGGAACAAACUUGAUCUCUUCUCCACAAAAAAGAAAAAAAUCCCUUUUUAGGGUUAGGUUUUUUUAGGUUUAGUGGCAGGAUUAGACGGCCCUUUGGCCAUGGACUUUUCAUCUUGUUCAAUAUUCCCAGUGUCAAGCCACCUCAAUGAUGAGUUCUCAUCAAUGGGAAAUAGGAGCUCUGGAGGCUCAUGGAGUCCAUGUUUAUUGAAUUGGGAUUUUAAUCAUGGAGGGGAUAGAGAACAAGGCCAUGAUUUCAGUCAUCUUGAUCCUAUCGACCUCCUGCCAUCUGAUCCCUUUGGGAUGAAUCUCAACACCACUUUUACAGCCGCUCUUGCAAGUUGGUGGAUCAGAGAUCAUGGCAUUAGUCUUGAUGAUUAUGGCUUUGGUGGUGAUUAUUUGGUCUCAAGCUUUAGUGAUUAUGGCUAUGGUGGUUGGCUACCUUUAUAUGAGUCGCAGUUUAAUGCUGGAACUCUAUCUGAUUUUGGGAGUGAAGCUCAAGAUUGGGGUUUUAUUCAAGCUGUUGACAGAGGGGAGUCCUCAAAUCCUAACCAGAUGGAAGAAGCAUGUGAUAGUGGUGAAGAGGAUUAUCCACAUGAUGCUUUGAUGUACUCACUGGCUUAUUUGGGUGUUCGCGAUCUCCUUUCUGUUGAGAUGGUGUGCAGGUCUCUCAGGAACACUGUUCAAAGUGAUUCUCUUUUGUGGAGAUGUAUCCACAUAGAGUCACCUUUGAGUGAGAGGAUGACAGAUGAUGAUCUCUUUCGCUUGACAAGUCGUGCCCAAGGAAAUUUACAUUACUUGAGUCUGGUAGGGUGUAUGCACAUCACAGAUGACGGUCUGAAGCAUGUGCUUGAGACCAACCCAAGGCUUAAAAAGCUCAGGAUUCCUGGAUGUGUGAGAUUAAGUCUUGAAGGACUUAUUAACAAUCUGAAGGCUCUCAAGUCUUCAGCAAUGCUAGGGAUUACCCACCUAAGGCUCGGGAAGCUGUUUGGAGUGACAUCGGAAAAUUAUGAUGAGCUGAAAUUAUUAUUAGGAGUUGACAGACUUGAGCAGUCCAAUGCUCGCAAGCCACGUUUAUAUCACCAUGGUCCUCACUCUCUGGCUUUUGAUGAUGACCGUCCUUUGGAUAUUGAGAUGUGCUCACUGUGUCAAAAGUUGAAGCUUGUUUUUGACUGCCCCUCUGAAGGUUGCCAAGAAAAGCCUGAGGAGUGUAGGGCUUGUGAUAUUUGCAUUGCAAGGUGCAUCCAGUGUGGUAGGUGCAUCAAGAAUUGUGAGUAUGAAGAGACAUUCUUGUUGGAAAAUUUAUGUUCUAGCUGUUGGAAGGAAACACCCACCCCGGCAGCUUGAUACAACCAGCGGAGGAGGUUAGCUCUAAGAAGCAUAUUCUGUGUAGAUAUCUCGCUGUGUUCCAUGUCGUGCUGUUAAUUAGGUUGAUGCAUCCGUCUUGGCCUUUGAGUAUCGUGAGGGAGGCCAGAAAUCACCCUUGUUUACAGUUUCUCUGAGAUCUGCCGUAUCAUCUUUGUCUAUUGUGCCUUGUCAGUUUAUAAAAUCAGAAAAGCUAAAAAAAAAUGUGGAAAAAAGAAAAACAGAAAAUCAGCCUAAAAGAAGAAUUGAAGGGAAAAUCAUUAGGGGAGAAGCCAUUUCAUGUUGCUCUGGUACUCGUCAAAGAAUCAGAUCUGGACUGUGUUUGGUGGAUAGAUUGUGAACCAAAGUUUACUCCUAUUCUUAUUUUUGCCUGCAAUCUGAGUAAGGUUGCUAAUGAGAUUUGCAAAACAUUUGUUGCCUACCUCAAGAUUGCAGAUGAAGUCACCAGACUGGUUCUGAUGAAUGUGCUUGCAGUUCCGUGAAGUUCCAGUUUGCUCUUUUGUUUUGUUUUUAGUAACAAGAGAGGAAGAAAGCUGAAAACCUGGUGUAGGUUUUGGUUUGACAAUUGGCGCAUCUGUUUUUAUUUUCUAAAUAGCCGGGGAGCGAAUCUGAUGCUAUUGCACUACUUUUUGUGGUUCAUUUGUUGGAUGCAUCAGAAGGUUUCAGCCAAUCGACUUCGAAUGCCUUUGCUUUUCUUGGAUGAAUUAUUCAAAGUUAAUUGGAUUUGGAAAAUCUGGAGAGUGUCUGUUCUUUUGAUAUCUUUGUAGCUCAUAUGCGUAUGGCUACAUUUACCAAUAAUACAGUUAAAACCUGACUAUUUGUUUCAUCUACUCACUAUGUUCUUUCCGUCGUGUUUUUAUGCAAGACAUUAUUUUCACCGUUUGAAUAAAUGAGCAUUUUGAUUA